CCAAAGGUACUAAAAUCCACUGCUGCCUAGAAACCAGAGUGUGAAAAUGUUGAUGCUUGGCUUUCAUUAACUGUAAUGGAUGAUUUCCCUGAAAUAAUUAGCAUCACUAAUUGAUCCUAAUUGUUGCACGCUGUAGAAGGUUAAAGGUCAUGACAGAACCAGUCAACUGUUUGGUAGGGUUGAAGGACAAGGUUAUGGGACAAUGUCUUCUAGGCAGAUGAGAUCAAAGUAGAGAUGAUUCCUCCAACAGCUGAAUAUCUUAUUAACUGUAACGUUUGAACACUUAGCAACAGUCCUUAGUGAUAUGGGCAUGGUUAUAGUGUGAUGACAACAGGCACCUUUAGUAUCAUGUCUAAGUUUCCAGUCAGUGAAACAAACAAAAAGAUGUCACUCAAGUUCAUGUUAGUUUUCAGUUGAAACCAUAAAUACUAACGUGUCUCCCACAUCCUCGUUGCUGUGUCUGUGGAAGAUGAUCCUUUCUAACCGGUCGGCCGAAAUCUUUCAGCUCAGACUUCGGGUCCUCUGGUCCGAGGCGUCAAGCUGCGCUCGGCUCUGAGGGAGGAGCUCAGGCUGAUCCACGAGAAGAUGGAGGCCAAGAGGAUCGCUCGGAUCGCACUGGCCGAGAUCCGGGCGCUCCUGGCUGAGGAGGAGCAGGAGAGGGAGGAGGCUUGGGCACAGAAGAUGAAGGACCUGGAAACAGCUCAGGAGCAACUGAGGGAAGAGAGGAGGAUAGAAGAGCAAAGGGUGGAGAGGGAAAGGGCGGAGAGGGAGAGACUGGAGAGAGAAAAGGUGGAGAGGGAAAGGGUGGAGAAGGAAAAGGCGGAGAAGGAAAGGGUGGAGAAGGAAAGGGCGGAGAGGGAGAGACUGGAAAAGGAGGAGAGGGACAGAUUGGAGAAGGAAAAGGCGGAGAAGGAGAGACUAGUGAGGGAAAAACUGGAGAAGGAGAGACUAGCGAGGGAAAGGGCGGAGAAGGAGAGACUAGUGAGAGAAAGGGCGGAGAAGGAGAGACUAGCGAGGGAAAGGGCGGAGACGGAGAGACUAGCGAGGGAAAAACUGGAGAAGGAGGAGACUAGCGAGGGAAAGGGCGGAGAAGGAGAGACUAGCGAGGGAAAAACUGGAGAAGGAGAGACUAGCGAGAGAAAGGGCGGAGAAGGAGAGACUAGCGAGGGAAAAACUGGAGAAGGAGAGACUAGCGAGGGAAAGGGCGGAGAAGGAGAGACUAGCGAGGGAAAAACUGGAGAAGGAGAGACUAGCGAGGGAAAGGGCGGAGAAGGAGAGACUAGCGAGGGAAAGGGCGGAGAAGGAGAGACUAGCGAGGGAAAAACUGGAGAAGGAGAGACUAGCGAGGGAACAAGUGGAACGACAGAGGGCAGAAAAAGAGAGGAGCGAGAGGGAACGCCUCAUCAAGGAGAGAGAAAGAUUAAGCCAAGAAAGAGCAGAAAAGGAAAGAUUAGAGAAGGAGAGACUCCAAAGAGAAAGGGUCGCCAAGGAGAAAGCAGAGAAAGAAGAAUAGAGAGGGAACAACUUAGUAAGGAGAGAGAGAGAAUCGCCCAAACAGAAGGAGCAACUAGAAAAAGAAAAAAUUGUCAAAGACAAAUCUGAAAAAGAACAAUUGGACAAGGACAAGGCCGAAAAAGAAAGACUGGAGAGGAUUGCUAGAGAAAGGGAAAGAAUGGCCAAAGAAAAAUCUGAAAAGGAAAAGAUAGACAGAGCAACUA